GGGCGGGAUCGGUGGCGCUUUACGGCCGGCAGAAGGUGCCGUAAAGCGUGUGCGGCUGGCUUUGCGGCAGGGCAAGUGGUGAGGUAAAUAAUCACAAGAAUUAAGUGGCUAUGUUCAGUGAAAUAUGAAAAAUGGCCAAUCCUUUAAGAGGUGAAGUGCUGAAUCUUUACAAAAAUCUGCUGUACCUUGGAAGGGAAUAUCCCAAAGGAGCAGACUACUUUAGAAGCCGUUUGAAGGCAGCUUUCCUAAAAAAUAAGGAUGUGAAAGAUCCAGAAAAAAUUAAGCAACUAAUUAGUCGUGGAGAAUUUGUUAUAAAAGAGCUAGAGGCCUUGUAUUAUCUCAGAAAGUACAGGGCUAUGAAACAGCGCUACUAUGAGGAUGACAAUAAGAAUAAGUGAUGUGCAAUAUUGUUGACCCUGCGCUUGUAACAAUGCAGGUUAGUGGCUAGGAUGAAUGAAUAAAGAAGAAUGGUUAUGUUAAAGGCAAUGAGACUUAAAUAUUUCCAAACCAAAGGACAUAUUUGAUCACCAUGUCAGUGGCUACAUUACUACAUUUCAAGUGGCUAUUUUAAUUAUUUGAAUAUAAAGUUCUGUGGCAUACAGAUAUGAUCUUAUACUCGUAGCUUAGAGGUUUUGUCCGCCAUUCUGAUCUAUCCUGAACUGAAGCUUGAUGCGCAAAAAUGCUCUGACAGAAAGUUAACCUAAUUUGGUUCUUCACUUCGUUUUCUUCACUGAACAGAUGAAUUUAAAACUGAAUGCAGAUCAGAUAGCUCUAAUAUAUAUAAUGAAAAAAGCUGUUGAUUAAUUGCAGUUAACUCAUUGAUUAACUCAAAAAUCAAUCGCAUUUUUAAUCACACUGUUGAAAAUAGAAUACCAAUUGAGAUUUAUUAUUUUGGAUGUUUUUCUACAUUUUCAUAUCUAUUGUAUUCUGUGUUGUAAUUGAAAUCAGUGUAUAUUUU